AAUGUGCACGAAUGUUCCAACGGAGAUCUGAGAAAUUCUACAUCCAUCUGAAUCUUCAAUAUUUUAGUAAAUUAUAUUUGUUACGUUUCGCCUACUAUCAAUACUCGUGCAGAAUGGUUCCCAUGUGUGCCUUCUAAAUGCAUAUUAUUUUUUUGCGGAUGACGUCUGGGUGCAACACUCAUUAUUAUUCAUGUUUUUUUUUAGUACAAAAUUGACAGGAACAAGUCGAUCAUGUGGUGGGGAAGAUUUAGUUUUUUUUCCCCACAAUUUCAGGCUUUCUUUCAAUGAGUUUCAUUAUGGCACUUUCUGAUCUACAGAUAUUUUUGUUGGUUUAUUUAGUCUGCACUCUUUGUCACUUGUGCACAUCCCAGAAGGAGAAAUUUGGACUAGAAAAUCGGGCAGCACUCUUGAUGUUUACGGAGGAGAAUGGACAAGCACUGAACAUGCUGAACAGCACACUGAAUCCUAGUUCCAUGCAUUCGCAUUUCAGACAACGAAGAAGUGCUGCCAAUUUCCCCAUGGACAUUGCUGGUGAUGGCGGGCCAAGUGAUGUGGUCGCCCUUCAGAGAGGAGACGUCGUCUUAGGGGGAAUGUUUGCCGUGCUGUUGCCGGACGACGAAGGCAAUCCUUGCUCGAAAGUUCUUCACAAGACUGGAUUAAGAAUGGAGGCCAUGAUGUACGCCGUGGAUGUUCUCAAUAAUAACACCGAUAUACUGCCGGAUGUGAAGCUGGGCUUUGAAAUCCGAAACGAUUGCUCCAAUCCGAACCAGGCGUUGACAGAAGCUCUUAAUUUCAUAUCAGUGAAUGAUGGAGAAUCUUGUUCAAGCGAUGAACCGCAGACAAUCGGAGUGGUUGGAACUGGGUCAAGUGCGACAUCAACUGAUGUCGCCAACCUGCUGGGUUUGUUCAAGGUUCCUCAAGUGAGCUACUCGGCCUCCAGUCGAGUGCUUAGCAACAAGAAGCUGUACCCCUACUUCUUACGAACCAUCGCCUCGGACGUCAACCAAGCCGAGGUGAUGGCCGACCUCGCUGAGACCAUGGGCUGGAAUUAUGUCGCAAUCAUCUACACAAUUGACAACUACGGCACGCCGGGGGUGGAGCUACUGAGCGAUCUUCUGCAAGCGAGGAACGUCUGCGUCACGCACACUCUGGGUUUGAACAGCGAUAGUCCCGACGACGCCGUGAUAGAUAUCAUCCAGCAACUGUCACGGGACGAAAAGAUCUCGGUAAUCUUCACGUUUUGCGGCAAGCAAGGCAUAGGCCGCAUAUUGGCACAGGCCCAAGCCAGCGGAUUCACCAAUCGCACGUGGAUUGCCAGCGACUCCUGGGGCCAAUCAGAUCAAGUCGUUCAGAACGUGAAGUCGCUAGUCCGGGGCAUGCUGGGAAUCAUACCCAAGUCAAGACCCGACGAGAACUUCAAGAGGUAUUUAUCUCGCCUGGAUCCUUAUUCCAACCAUCGCAAUCCUUGGUAUCAGCUGACCUUGGGGGAGCUUCGCGAUUGCUCGUUUGAUCCGACGGACACGCAACGCGAGCAAUGCAUGGGAAACGAGACGUUUGCGGACCAGGAGGACGCAGCAGCUAGCUUUGUGAUUGAUGCCGUAUACGCAUUGGGAUACGGACUGCAUAACAUGCUAACACAGUGCGAUGAUUGUCUGAAUGGUACCCAGACCCUGGAUCUGGAGGUCUACCUGGAUUACGUGAAGAGAGUCAACUUCAGCGGGUUGACCAACUCCAACUUCAUGUUUGACGAGAACGGCGAUCCCAUUGGCCAGUAUGAUAUCUACAAUCUCCAGUGUCAUGGCGACGAAUGUUCCUUCGUCAAAGUCGCAGAUUGGGAUCCGAUUUCUAAAUUUAGUAAUUGGCAGGAGGUCGAGUGGCAGACCGGUAGAGCGCCCCCAUUGUCGAGAUGCUCAGAGGAUUGCCCCGCGGGACAUUUCAUUACGUUACAAACGCCCAAGUGCUGCUGGGAAUGCCAUCGGUGUGAGGCUGGCAGCAUCAGCGUGGCCCAGAAUUCCUUGCAGUGUACGGUCUGCCGCGACGGUGAACGAACCAAUGAGAAUCAGACGUCGUGCCUCGUGAAUCCCAUCGUGUACUUGGAGUGGGAUAACGCUGUGGCUAUCGUACUCGUCAUACUGACGGUUCUUGGUCUACUGGCGACUGGCUUCACGUUGGCCGUCUACAUCAGACACCGUAAUUCGGCAACCAUCAAAGCCACCAGCACCGAGCUGAGCUACCUUCUCCUGGUCGGCAUAGCGAUGAGUUACGCCUCCACGUUCCUCUUUAUUGCCAUGCCGACGGACGAGAUCUGCAACGCCAAGAUCGUGAUGGUGGGCAUCAGUUUCGCGGUGUACGUGGGGGCGCUUCUGACGAAGACCAACCGCAUCUCCAGAAUCUUCAAUCGUAAGCUGUCUGACGGAGCGCCCUCGAUGUUCCUCAAUAUCCAGUAUCAGCUGCUGUUUGCUCUGGGCAUCGUGGUUAUUCAGAUCGCUAUCCAGGUCGUCUGGUUACAGUUGGAGCCAGGGGUCGUUGUCAAGGAUACGAGUGACCCCGAGGUCACGUUGCUACAGUGCAACUAUAAUUCGGUCUUGGGCCCCGCAGUGGCUGUGGGUUUCAAUGCGGUCUUAGCUACCCUGUGUCUGUACAAGGCAUUCAGGACCCGCAAGCUACCGGGCCAAUUCAACGAUUCCCGAGGAAUAUGCUUUGCCAUGCUGACGUGCUGCCUGAUAUGGUUCGUUUUCCUCGUUUGUUACUUCGCAACCACCGGCAUCGCUAACUCCAUCAUCUGUAGCACUGCGUUCAUCGCGAGCGGUACGUCGGGUCUGAUCUGUAUGUUUGCACCCAAGAUGUGGAUCGUGAUCGCGAGACCGGAGCUGAACGUUCGGCAGUCUACGUUGAAACUCAAGAGCUCCUCGGGCACCGGCGUGAACAUCAAGUCUGUCAGUAGCAUUGUCGACAAGAAGAAUGGUCGUGCGUCCUUGACGCCCAUUGUCAGUGAUCCGAGCCCUGCGUCCAGUCACAGCUCGGACGGAGACAGAGACAGCACGUCGCAGGUCAGCAGCGAAGACGAGGAGCAGAGAUUCCUGGAGGAACUUGAGAAGUUGGAGGAGGAACUGAAGGAUGCGGUGAUGGAGAGGGACGAUGCGGUUGCUAAGGCCAAUGAGAGCUAUCAAGAGAUGCUGAACUUGCAGAAGAUGCAAGAUGAGGAACUAGAGCAGCUCGAUGAGGCUGUCCGUCUUGAGAAGGCGAAUCUGAGACGUCUUCUCAUAUCAGAAGGAAUGAAGGACGAGGAUAUCGAUAGAGCGCUGAGAUGUCAAGACGAAGAGUGGACGGAUAAUGAAGACGGUGACAACACUCUCAAGGUUGCUGAGCUGGUUGCCAAGUUGGCUUCCGUCUCGGCCGAACGCGACAAGCUCAACCAACAAGUCGAGCAGCUGUCGCACGAGUGCCAACAGUGGAAAAACAUCAUAAUAAAAGAUCCAGAUGUGUCUCCAGAGGGCGCUGUGAACGAGACCUCUGUCAACAAUGAAGGCACCGGUAGCUCGAGUGAUAUUAGUACAUGCACCACCUCUGUUUGAAUAAUUCAUGAGAUGCAGUUCCUCUCAUGAAUUAUGCAUGAGUUUGUAACAUGAAUAUCAAUGAAAUGUACUAUGUAAAAAAAAAAAUGUGCCUCAUGUCAUUUUUGAUCAAAUUUCUUGAAAUUGUUGAUGUUUCAUGAGUUUUGAAAAAAAAUUCGUACACAUUUAUGUAGAAUGGUAAAAUUUAUUUAUCGUGUCUUUGCGUGUACCUCUCUGAUAAUAUAUAUAAAUUAUUAUAUUCUUACUGUACAUUAAUCGGCCUAGUUUUCUUGGUUACAAAUUGACGACCAAAGCAUCGCGGCUACAACGUGGUCAAGCCGAUGGCAUGUAAAGGCACCUUAGGCUGCCGCCGUACGACCCAUGUCUGACCACGGAGCACAGCCAGAGAUCAAAAUUGUUGGUUUUUUGUGGAGGAAGGAAAACCGGAGGGCCCCGGAGAAAAACCUUGUGGCACAGGAGAGAACCAACGAACAACUCUACUCACAUUAUGGUCCGAGCCGGGAUUCGAACCAGGGCCACAGUAGUGAGAGGCGAGGGCUUUACCCACUAGCUACCCAUGCCGCCAUUGAUGGGAAUCAGGUUUUUAGAAUAGAGGUGUUGCCAAAUGAAGUUUUUGUGAUGUUGAAGAUUUUUAUUCAAUAUGAAGCAGUACAUUUGUUUGUAUCUAUUUAAAUGUUUGCGGAUUAGGCCA